AUGGGGUCCGUGGACCGGUUCCUGGACGGCAUCCUGCGGGAGAGGCCGGCGCGGUUCACGCCGGAGAACCUGCGGGAGUUCACGGGGGGCUACGCGGAGCGGGUGGGCGCCGGCGGGUUCGGCGUGGUGUACCGCGGCAGGUUCCCGGACGGCGUGCCGGUGGCGGUCAAGAUCCUCCACGGCACGCUGGACCGCCGCGCCGAGGAGCAGUUCAUGGCGGAGGUCGGCACGGCGGCGCGCACCCACCACAUCAACCUCGUCCGCCUCUACGGCUUCUGCUUCGACGCCACCACCAAGGCCCUCGUCUACGAGUACCUCGAGAACGGCUCGCUCGACCGCGUCCUCUUCGACCACGGCGGCGGCGGCGGCGCCGCCAUAGGGUUCGACACGCUGCACGGCAUCGUCGUCGGCACGGCGCGCGGGGUGAGGUACCUGCACGAGGAGUGCCAGCACCGGAUCAUCCACUACGACAUCAAGCCGGGCAACGUGCUGCUCGCCGCCGACUACGCGCCCAAGGUGGCCGACUUCGGGCUCGCCAAGCUCUGCAACCGCGACAACACGCACCUGACGAUGACCGGCGCCCGCGGCACGCCCGGGUACGCGGCGCCGGAGCUGUGGCUGCCGCUGCCGGUGACGCACAAGUGCGACGUGUACAGCUUCGGCAUGCUGGUGUUCGAGAUCCUCGGGCGGCGGCGCAACCUCGUGCCCCAGCACCCGGCGGCGGAGAGCCAGGAGUGGUACCCCAGGUGGGUGUGGCAGAGGCUCGACCAUGGCCGGUUCGACGAGGUCACGGCGGCGUCGGGGAUCCGGAGCACGGACGCCGAGAAGGCGGAGAGGAUGUGCAAGGUGGCGCUGUGGUGCAUACAGUACCAGCCGGAGGCGAGGCCGUCGAUGAGCAGCGUCGUCAGGAUGCUCGAAGGCGAGGAGCUGAUCGCCCGUCCCGUCAACCCGUUCGCGUACAUGGCCAGCCUCCGCAUGAUCUCCAGCUCCGGCAGCGGCGUCAGCACCGCCACCUCCGGCUCCGGCGACUCACCGCAAACAUGA